AUGGUAGAUCAAGAUAGCGCUGUGGAUAUAAUGUAUCCAGACUUGUAUAAAGGGCUAGGUCUGAAGUCAGAGGACUUAGCAACCUACAGCUCCCAUCUAGUGAGUUUUGAGGGAAGGAUGGUCGCUCCGAAAGGACUGAUCAGGCUACCUGUGCAAGCCGGAAUGGAUGUGGUGGAGGUGGACUUCAUUGUCGUAGACGUUUUUUCUCCAUACACGGCUAUUAUGGGCAGACCUUGGCUUCAUACCCUAGGAGCGGUCUCAUCUACUCUGCAUCAGAAAGUGAAGUACCCAUCCGGAGGCCAAGUAUUGGAGAUAGUAGGAAGCCAAGUGGCUGUUCGGCAAUGCCUAGUAGUGGCCAUACAGCAUCGGCCAGAGGCAGAGACCUCAGCUACGGCCGAUAAUGAAUUAUAG